CUCGUAAUCUCCAGUCUUUCAAGAAGCAUCUGAUACUCUUUUUGCCUUCAAUGUUUAUCAGUGAAACAGCACUGAGUAAGCAAAUUUUAAUGACCUGUAAUGAUACAUAUUUACAAAAAAAUAUAUAGUAGAUGAAAAAAUAUAACCUAUGAAUUAUUCUGAUAAUUGAGGAAGAUCUCUUAAAAACAUUAGAGAUCUUAGAGAAAAACAAAUACCAUUGUUUCUUAAAAUGUUACACCAACAAUGUUUGCAGAACUCUGACUUUUCAGUGUUUCAAGUGUGUCAAAUCUUUUAUCUGUGUAAAUAAUCAUUAUAGACUUAUCAGAGUUUAUGCUGAAAAUAAACUAUAUUAAUGUUCAUUAUCAUCACAUUCAUGAGGGGGGAGCACUAAACCUGAAAAAGCCACACAGUGCUUGGAAAAAUGGAAGGUAAUGAGUUUCAUUCUAAGGAAGGAAAGGCUAGGUCCAAUUCCUUGGAUCAUAAGCCCUUCUUCAGCAUCAAGGAACCUAUCUUGAAGGAUUUUCAGUGUUUAGAGUGUCUGAAAUGCUUUAGUAAUAAAAGUAAUUUAGUAAGACAUGAGAAAAUUCACACAGGUGAAAAGCCUUAUAAGUGUUCAGAAUGUCUGAAAUGUUUUUGUCAUAGAGGUGAUCUUGAAAGACACACAAGAAUUCAUAGAGGAGAGAAACCUUUUCAGUGUUCAGAGUGUAUGAAAUGUUUUAGUCAAAAAUGUUAUCUAGUUGUACAUAAGAAAAUUCAUACAGGCGAUAAGCCAUAUCAGUGUUCAGCAUGUUUAAAAUGUUUUAGCUAUAAAAGUGUUCUUGUAAGCCAUGAGAAAAUUCACACAGGAGAGAAACCUUUUCAGUGUUCAGAGUGUCUUAAGUGUUUUAGCAGGAAACGUUGUCUUGAAAUACAUGCUAGAAUUCAUACAGGAGAUAAGCCAUAUCAGUGUUCAGAGUGUCUAAAGUGUUUUAGUGAAAAAAGUUAUCUUUUAAGACAUGAGGAAACUCAUAAAAUUGAGAAGCUUUAUCAGUGUUCAGAAUGUUUGAAAUGUUUCACCACCAAAAGUUGUCUUCAUGGACACAUGAAAAUUCACACAGGAGAGAAGCCUUAUCAGUGUUCAGAAUGUUUAAAAUAUUUUAGUUCUAAAAGGGAUCUUGAAAUACAUAUGAGAGUUCAUACAGGAGAGAGACCAUAUCAGUGUUCUGAGUGUAUGAAAUGUUUUAGCAGAAAAGACAAUCUUGUAGAUCAUGAACAAGUUCAUACAGGAAGGAGACCAUAUCAGUGUUCAGAGUGCUUAAAAUGUUUUAGUAGAAAAAGUGGUCUUGUAAGACACUCAAAACUUCAUUCAAUAAAGAAGACUUAUCAGUGUUCAGAGUGUUUGAAAUCUUUCGCCAAAAAAUGUUUUCUUGAACAACACACAAGAGUUCAUACUGGAGAGAAGCCUCAUCAGUGUUCAGUGUGUAUGAAAUGUUUUAGCAGAAAACAUCAUCUUAUAGUACACACAAAAAUUCAUUCAGGAGAGAAACCAUAUCAGUGUCCAGAGUGUAUGAAAAGUUUUAACAAGAAAGGCAAUCUUGUACUUCAUGAAAAGGUUCAUACAGGAAGGAAACCAUAUAAGUGUUCAGAGUGUCUGAAAUGUUUUACCUUUAAGUCUACUCUUAAAACACAUAUGAGAGUUCAUACAGGAGAGAAACCAUAUCAGUGUUCAGAGUGUUUAAAAUGUUUUACCUUUAUGUCUUCUCUUAAAACACACAUGAAAAUUCAUACAGGAGAGAAAUAAUAUCAUGUUCAUAGUGUUUAAGUCUACUUUUAAAACACACAAGAGUUCGUACAGGUCUGAAAUCAUAUCAGUGUUCAGUGUGUUUAAAGUGUUUUAGUCAUAAAAAUGGUCUUGUAGCACAAAAAAGUUCAUACUUGUAGGAUGUAUUCCAUAUCAAUAUUUAGUGUCUGAAAUAUUUUAGCAAGAGAAGAACUACUGUAGAACAUGAAAAAGUUGAUUUAUAAAGUAAACCACAACAGUGUUCAGAAUGUUUACAAUAUUUUAACCAAAAGUAUAAUUUUUUAACAUAUAACAGAGUUCAUACAGUAAGACUGCUGUAUCAGUGUUCAUUGUAGAUCAAAAUAUUCGAACAUGAGAGAUAACUUAUCAGUGUUCCGUGUGUCUGAAACACUUCAAAUUAAGGGGUCUCCUGUAGGACAUAGAAGUUCAGGCAGGAAGGAAAUUUCAUUAGUAGUAAGACUGGAUAUGUGUUCUUGUAGAAUACAAACAAGUUCAUACAGAAGAGAAAACUCAUCAGUGUUCAAAAGUGACUGAAAUAUUCAGCAAUAAAAUGAAUCUUGUAACACACUAGAGAGCUUGAGAUAAACCAUGCUAGUGUUCUUAUGUGUUAAGAGUAAGCUUGUAAUGUAUUGCAGUAAGACCUACCCUCUCAGUUAAUGAGUCAUUCUUUCUGUGGAAAAUACAUUGUUUCUUACAUGACCCCAAUAAUUUUUUUUUUGCCACUCAUUUUUAAAUAUGUUCCUGUUUGCAGUAAUAAUUUACUAUAAAAUAAUUUGAAGUAAUAAUUCACUAUUAAGAAUGUCUUGAGAUAAUAAUUUUUAAUGAAACUAAGAAGUAAUACCAUUCUGAAUUUCUGCUCAUCACUCUUGAUCUUCGAACCUGUGGUUUUACUGAUGCUAAAAUAUCAAGAGCUCUUCAUGUUAAAUUUACCCUAAUUUUUUAUGAACUGAAUGUUCCAGGUCUUAGACUGUGAGCACACUGAUAAUUAAAAAAACUUUCUCAACUCCACUGAAAUAUAAUCUGUGGAUACUGUCCCCUCAAGCAAGAUUCCUUGAUGGGGGCGAGUGAAAGAGCAGAUCCCAGGAACUGGAUCAGCUCUUUCUUUCCUUGGAUUGAACCUGAAUGCCUUCCAUUCCCUCCAGUGCUGUAUGACCCCCGCCCUCUAAGUUUUACUUCCCAUGAAUAUUAUGAUACAGUAGACCAUUAGAUAACACAUGAUCUGUUAACACAUUUGCAAAAUUUCAUUGAACAUGCUAUAAAAAAAUCACUUUAUACAGUGGAGUAGAUGUAAAGAAAAAUAUCACACCCACCUCGUUCUUUCCCCUCUGUUGCACAGUGAGCCUUAAGGUGGUGAAGAGGCUCUUAGUCUGAGGAAUCAGACCUUUUUGUCUCCUUCCUCAGACCGAACCUAAUUACCCCCUAAUCCCCCCCUGGUUGGUAGGUAAGACACAUAGGCAACAGUUAGGCAACUUUAU